CACAAGAGGUGGAUCUCUUCCUGGAAGUCCCUUCUUUGGAGUUUCACGUAUCAGAUACUGAAAUGCUCUGAACAACAUCAAAAGAGGUUCCUGGAUACAUAAGUGAAAGCUUGUAGAAGUCUUAAACAAAACUAAAACGUGCAUUUGUAGCUGUGAUAUGUGAGUACUGUGCUAACUACUGGAGACAAAGCUUCAAAAGUAGAAGAUAGUUCUGGUACUGAUUCCAACAGAAGUAGGGGGGGAAAAAAGGAAUCUAAUAGGACAGAGAUGUCUAGGAUCUCAGAGGAAUGAUUUGAAAAGAACAGACUUUGUGUAUCAGCCAUCUGCUACUGACUUUAGCCAUCUAUUGAGGAAGAUAUGAGUGGCUGGAGUGUUUGAUUCUAUAUAUAACUAGUUGAUGUCAGCUGGAUGCCAAUCCCUUUGAAGAGGAUCAGCCCCCAGUUUGUCUCAGUACUAGGUACCAUGCAGAUCCAAGCACAAGGGUAGAAACCAUCCUGGACCAGGCAGGUCACCCCCAUUCACAACUAACUCCUGAAGUUUCAACUAAAGAGUUGAGAUCACUUUUUUCUGCACAACGAAACAGUACGCAAGGAAAAAUCACAUCAGAAAAUCACAAUGUUAUCACAUUCUGCCAUGGUCAAAGAGAGGAAACAACAAGCAUCAGCCAUUAUGGAUGAAAUACAGAGAAAUGUCUCACCCAGCUUAAACCUUGGAAAAAAAGUCAGUACCCCAAGAGACAUCAUGGUGGAGGAACUAUCAACACUCAGCAAUAGAGGCGCAAGGCUCUUCAAGAGACGUCAGCGGAGAUCUGACAAAUACACAUAUGAAAAUUAUCAUUAUGUUGCAAACAAGCCAAGAAAUCGUGGAGAGCCCAUACACAGUGUUAAAAUGGAUGGCCUCAGUGUUGAAGGAAUUCCCCAGCACGCUCCAAUGACGCCCCCUAAUACACCUGAUCCCCGGAGCCCACCACAUCCUGACAACAUUGCCCCAGGAUAUUCUGGACCACUAAAAGAAAUUCCUCCUGAAAAGUUUAACACUACUUCUGUGCCAAAGUAUUAUCAGUCUCCUUGGAUAGAAGCCAUUAGGGAUGAUCCUGAGCUGCUGGAGGCCUUAUAUCCUAAACUUUUCAAACCUGAAGCAAAGCCAGAACUGCCGGACUACAGGAGCUUUAACAGAGUUGCCACUCCCUUUGGUGGUUUUGAGAGAGCAUCAAAGCUGGUUAAAUUCAAGGUGCCAGAUUAUAAUCUACUGAUGUUAAAUGAUCCAAGAUUCAUGAUUCUUGCAAAUCCUCUUGCUACCAGAAGAUCCUUCAAUAGGACUCCUAAAGGAUGGACAUCUGAGAAUAUUCCAGUAGUGUUCAUUCAACCUUCAGAUUCCAACGAUGUUCCAGAAACAGAGGACCUGUGAGAGAAGCUGCACUCUAUAUUGUACAAAGUUUGGAAAGCUGCACAUUCAUGAAUUAUUGGUCCAAAUGUUACUAAAGGCUACUGAGAAAACCUUUCCUUGGCAGCUGGCACAUAAUGUCUGAUGUGUCAUCUCUUUUCUGGAAUCUAUUUUUCAUCUGUUGACACAACAUAAAUAAAGGAAUUUGGCAAGUAUCGGCUGA